UUUCCGGGGGAAAUAAAUUCACAGUUUUCCCACCAUCUGUGUGGGGCUUUUGAUUAAACCUGUGCAGCUGUUUCUAGCGAAGAAAGGUAGCCAUGGAAGAAAAUAUGGAAGAGGGACAGACACAAAGAGGGUGCUUUGAGUGCUGCAUCAAGUGCUUGGGGGGCAUUCCCUAUGCCUCAUUGAUCGCCACCAUCCUGCUGUAUGCUGGAGUUGCACUCUUCUGUGGCUGUGGUCAUGAAGCACUCUCGGGAACUGUCAACAUUCUUCAAACCUAUUUUGAUAUGGCAAGAGCUGCUGGGGACACUAUUGAUGUUUUUACCAUGAUUGACAUCUUCAAGUAUGUGAUCUAUGGAGUAGCAGCUGCCUUCUUUGUCUACGGCAUUUUGCUGAUGGUAGAGGGGUUCUUUACAACUGGAGCCAUCAAGGAUCUCUAUGGGGACUUCAAAAUCACCACCUGCGGCAGAUGUGUCAGUGCCUGGUUCAUCAUGCUGACAUACAUCUUCAUGCUUGCCUGGCUGGGAGUUACAGCUUUCACCUCUCUGCCUGUUUACAUGUACUUCAAUCUGUGGACUAUUUGCAAAAACACCACUGCAAUGGAUGGGGCACCCCUCUGCUUAGACCUCCGUCAAUUUGGUAUUGUAACAGUUGGAGAAGACAAGAAGAUUUGUUCCACAUCUGAAAAUUUCAGUAGAAUGUGUGAAUCUACUGAGCUGAACAUGACAUUCCAUUUGUUUAUUGUGGCACUUGCCGGAGCUGGAGCAGCAGUCAUCGCUAUGGUUCACUAUCUUAUGGUUCUAUCUGCCAACUGGGCCUAUGUGAAAGAUGCUUGCAGAAUGCAGAAGUAUGAGGAUAUUAAGUCAAAGGAAGAACAAGAGCUUCACGAUAUUCAUUCUACCCGCUCUAAAGAGCGACUCAAUGCGUACACAUAAGAAAAACCUUAUCUUCCUUUCUACCAUUGAAUGCUUUGUUGUUUAACUAAAGGCCAUCCAUUUGUCCAUUUUUAAAACAAAAUGAAAAGUGCUUCUCACAAAAGAUAGUUUGGGUGGCGCAUAACUACCCUGUACAAUUCUUGGUUGUCCAGCACUUGGUUUCCUAAUUAGUUGAUAGCUUGUGUAACCAGUCUCCUACUACAAAGCUCCUGAAACAGCCUU